GUGUUAGUGAUGGCGUUACUAAUUCCUUUUCCUUCUUCUCAACAAAUGGCUAAUCAAUUUCCUCCAACCUCCUUAAUUCACGUUUUUGUCUUUCUCUGCACCUAUUCCGCCUUCUUUUCUUCUUUUUUCCCAAAUUUCUUUUCAUACUCACUUACCCUCUUUUCUCUCUUUUUCUUCAUAUUAUGGCCAUCACUACUAGGAGAAAACAACAUGUUCCUCAACCUCAACAUCAUUCCAGUAAUUACAAACCACCUUUCAUUGUAUUAUUUUUGGUUCACAGGUAUUUGGCAGCCAACUGUGCCAAGAUGGGAGAAGAUGUUUUGCUCUUCGGUUGGCUCAGUUCCAUGGGAAAAGCUGGUAGAAACCAAGAAGUAUAUGUAUCUGUACGACAACGUCGUUAAUUGGAAUGAUUCGGCUAGUGAAGAAGCCUUCGACAAUGCAAAAAGUAGGUUUUGGUCCGAAAUCAAUGGGCUUCCUUGUGACAUACCGUUGCCUGAUCCUGACAUUUACAUUGACGAUAUCGAUUGGAGUUCAACUAUUGACCCUGAGCUUAUUCUAGACUUGGAAAGAGACGCAAUAGUCCCUAGUGACAAAGAAAAUGAUGCAGAGGUUGUGAUCCUCGGCGACGCUCUACUUGUGAAUCAGUCAUUUUUCUGCAUUGGAUGGGGGGACUUUGAAAAAGACGCGCCAAAACAAGCUGAAUUGGUUUCAGGUGCCCAAGUUAACGUCAAUGAAAAUAACAGUGCGACCCCUGCCGAACAAAAUUACGCUUCUUAUUGUGCUGCUAAAGAAUAUGAAAGGCAAAAUGAUAGGAAUGAUAGUCGGGGAUGGAAUCAGAGGCCGCACCGUCGUAGAGGAGCUGGUCGGAAUAGGAGAAGAAGAAAGGAAGAAAACAUGGCACAUGAUAAAUGAAGGCCAGAAGCAAAGGAUCCAAGAACAUGGAUUACAAGGAUUGUUAUGAAACUUGAAGGGGUUCAAAUUUCUGAAAAGAGAACUGUCAUUAUAGAUAUAAAAACUUAAAAAAAUGAGGGGUCAGUAGAGUCAUGUUUAUUGGCUGUUUAUAUAUUAUUAUUUGAGAUUUAUAUUUAUGUCUGUAGAUAAAAUGUUCAAUGACAUGUUUCAAUGUAGUGAAUCUUCCCUUCAUGUCUUGUUAAUGAUUUGUGAUCUUUUUCUUUAUUCAA